AUGUCCUCAAGAAAAACGGCCAUUAGAUCACCCUCGGCGGUGUCAGUUGCAGACCACGACGAUGCCCUAUCUGCAGCCUCGACGAGCGCCAGCGACCCGGUGCCACCACUGACCCGUCCGGCAUCUUCGGCCUCUUCUUCGUCGGACGCUAGUCUAGAUACCAGUAUGGCCAGCAGCAUCCUGGGCGACGGAUAUCUGCUGGAGGAGUCCCAGGACGGGACCUUGACACUGCCCCGCCGAUACCAGGAGGAUGCGGAUUUGUUUUGUCCUUUUCAGAUCCUUGACUGUUCCGAAGUCUUUGCAGACAUAGUCCCCUUCAAGAUGCACGUUUUCUCACACUUCCGAGGACACGAGCUGCCCACGUUUGCAGCAUGUUUCCUCUGCGACAAUAAAUAUUUCCAGAGGCAAGAGGACGACCCGGCGCUCGCCUGGAACAACAUGCUGUCGCACAUGGUUCAUGACCAUUUCCGAAAGGGUCAGCAACUUGCCACGGUAAGGCCGGACUUCGUUCUCAUGAAGUGGAUGUUCUGCAAAAAGAUCAUCAAUGAGAUACAGUACAAGCGAACACAGAUGGGUCCGGUGCCCUUCCAGAUUCCUGGGGGCGUGAGACCGAGAAGGCAGUUCAUGUAUCUUCCCGACAUACCUCAGGCACCUUCAGCCUCGCCGCCACCCGCGGUCAGGGCAUACGUUACCCGGUCAGCGGGUUAUCAGAACGAGGCAUUCACGGUGAACGCUGGGAGGAGGGCUGAGAGACGUCGACUCGACGCCACUCGAACCAUGGGUCGUGCUCAAAGUUACUCUCGCUGA